AUGUCCUCCGAACCAAAAUCUUCCAAGGGAGGAGGUUGGAAAGCUGCUAUUUUCAUGAUCUGUCUGGAGGUGGCUGAGAGAUUCUCCUAUUAUGGUGUCGCUGGAAAUCUUAUCAACUACCUCACAGAUGUUCUACACCAGCCCACAGCAGUGGCUGCCAAGAAUGUCAACGUCUGGAUUGGUGUAUCUUCAAUCUUCCCAUUGUUAGGUGGCCUUGUUGCUGAUUCAUACAUGGGUCGAUGCAAGACUAUUUACGUCUCAUCCAUCGUGUAUCUUAUAGGUUUAGUGGCAUUAACCAUCACAGUUUCAACAGUUCCAUCAAGUGCUCGCGAAGCAAUCUUCUUGACAUCACUUUACAUAAUGAGUGUGGGGGAAGGCGGGCACAAGCCAUGUGUACAAACAUUUGCAGCAGACCAAUUCGAUGAUGAAGUUGCUGAAGAGAAGGAAGCCAAAAGCUCGUUUUUCAAUUGGUGGUAUCUGGGGAUUGUGUCUGGUGCCACUGCUGCAAUUCUCGUUGUGAUCUACGUGCAAGAAUAUGUAGGGUGGGGCAUUGGGUAUGGAAUGCUAGCAGGGGUUCUGGCCAUAGCACUUGGGAUGUUUUCUAUUGGAAGUUGGACGGGUAAUUAUCGCCUGCAAGCUCCAAUUGGGAGCCCAUUUACGAGGGUGGCUCAAGUGUUUGUAGCAGCUGCUAGGAAACGACGUUUGUGUGAUCAGAGGGUUGAUGAUGAUGGCCAUAGUGGUGGAUUUUUUGGCCAUGAAAAUAAGGUUAGAUGUCGGAAUAAUGGAACAGACGAGGUAGAUGGAUUCAGAGUUCGUGCAUUGGCUCGCACACCUCAAUAUCGAUUUCUAGACAAAGCAGCAAUCAUUGAUUCCAUAGAUGCAUCAAGUGAGAAGAGAAACCCCUGGAGGUUAUGCAGCAUGAAUCAAGUAGAGGAGGUUAAGCUCCUACUCCGCCUGAUUCCCAUAUGGGCACAAUGCUUCAUCUUCACGAUGGUCACAGCACAACUCAGUACAUAUUUCACAAAACAAGGCAGCACCAUGGUCCGUGCAUUCGGUCCAACCUCAAAAUUUCGCAUACCAGCUGCUUCAUUGCAAGUAGUUACAGGCCUCACAAUCCUCAUAUCUGUCCCUAUUUAUGAACGGGCAUUUAUUCCACUAGCAAGAAAAUUCACCGGCCAGGCCUCUGGAAUAACAAUGCUGCAGCGAAUCGGCACCGGACUAUUCUUAUCUUCGAUAGCCAUGGUAGUUGCUGGACUGGUGGAGGCUAAAAGAGUAGAAACUGCAAGAGAGAAUGGGCUUACUGACUCGCCGAAAUCGAUGGUCCCCAUGAAAAUUUGGUGGUUGAUUCCACAAUAUAUGUUGUUUGGGGUCUGUGAUAUGUUCACCAUUGUUGGAAUGCAGGAGUUGUUCUACGAUCAAAUGCCUGAGGAAAUGAGAAGCAUGGGUGCGGCUGCAUAUGUUAGUUCAAUUGGAGUUGGAAACUUCAUGAGCAGCUUAGCAAUUACUGCAGUUCAAGGGAUCAGCGGGAAGAAGUGGCUUGUUGACAAUCUAAAUCGAGCAAAUCUUCACUACUUUUAUUGGAUAUUGGCAGGGUUAAGUGCUGUGAAUUUUUGCGUAUAUCUUUUUGUGACAAAGGGCUUUAUUUACAAGAGAUUUGAGUAUUCUGAGUCAGGGAACGAGAAAGAGAUGGGUAUGCAAGUGCAUCCAGAAGGGAAUGUUUGA